CCGCAGAAGUAGUCCAGCUGGCAGCCCUGUUACCCAGCGUUACUGAAGCGCCGCGUCCAACAGGCGAAGCGUCGCGGCAAGACAAGUGACAGGUGUCAAAGCGAAGUGGAUGACCUGUCAAAGGUGUUUCCGGCUACCGCAGUCACAGUAUGUAUUUCAUUAUCAAACACGAAGCGAAGUCAGAGGUGAAACCGUUCACCAGUGAAGAAAUUAAGAGAUAGUGUUAAAGUUGUCAACUUGCCGAAAGUUUAUUAUUUGAGUAUAGUUAAACCUAAUCGAGCCUUAGUGAGACAACUAAGUGUGUCUAGUGAGAGAGUGAAUUGUACAACGUGGGUUGGUAUCAACCAAAGAGAGACGACUAGCAGCAUAGAGGUUAGUCUAGGUUAGGUUUGUGCUUUAUCCCGUGUAACAAUUCCGAUGUAUUCAUCAUUCGUUCCGUAGCGUAGUUGAGUUUGCGUCCACGUCCGUAGUCUGAGAUUCACCCAAGCUCGCCGACAGUGUACCUGGAAGAGAAGCGUAAGAAAAGAUUAUAAAGUGACCAAACAUAUUAACCGAUAUUAGAACUCCCAUCAGGUCUCACAUUGUCACCAGUAAGAAUCUUUUCGUAGGAAGCACGGGCAAGAAGGCCUACCGAAUUGUAAGACCUGACUGAUUUAUAACAUAAAAUGUGUACUUACCGAUGAAAUUAUUUGCAGUUGAAGCACCACAAUAUAAGAUUGCUGUCAAACCCGGUUCGCCCUUUAUUUGCUCAAUACCUCCCUCAACAAUCUUCAAAAUUCGUGCCAAGAUGGACGAAAGCCAUACUUCAAGGGCAACUGAAGGACACGCGGAGGAAUCCAGUUGUGCGGCCUGCCAACGUCCGGACAGUGCAGAGGACAUGGUCCAGUGCGACCAUUGCGAUGUCUGGAAACAUUAUUCGUGCGCUGCAGUAAAUGCGAGUGUCGCAGGAAGAUCUUUUGUAUGUGGUGACUGCACUGCCCCGCAAAUUGAUGACGUUAUUUCAGUGCAAACUGGCUCAAGUCGCUCCAGUUCGACUUCAACGUUCUCCGUCUGCCUCAGCCAACUGGUGGAACGACAACAGGUGGAGCGUGCUCGUGUGGAAGUGCAGUUGCAACGUCGCCAUUUGGAUGAACAACAGAGGCUAAUCGACGAAGUGCUCAAUGGAGCUGGUGAAUUAUCCAACGGCGCAAUCGACAAAACGAUUUCUUCUGCCUGCAGUAUGCGAAUCGCAACGCCGCCGCCGCCAGGUGCUCCUGUUGGUGCCACUGCUCGUCAAUCUACCACUACGAUGGCACCUGGUAUGGUGUACACUCCGCUCACAACAUUGAACCCGAAUACAGUGCGCUCACUGCGGACGAGAAAAGAUCCCAGGACUACUCCGUCAGAUGUCAGGAACCGGAUUGAGCUUUGCGAAAAUCGCGCCGAUCCAACACCUGAACAGUUGACCGAGCUACAUUCACAGCUGGAAUUGUGCCGCAAACUGCUGGAAAGGUUCCAGACUACAGCGGCAGCCAACGAGUCGCUUCAACAAUCGGGUGAGGACAAACCGAUGAAGGAAAAGCCAUCACAGUCAGCAGCGAGUAUGUCGCGCGUUGUGAGCCAGACGGGAACCAUACCGAAGGCAAAUAGAUCGUUAUAUGCGGUCACCGAAGAAGACCGGAUGCACUCCGAUUAUCAAUCCGACACCGGAGCAGUAGGAAGAACCACAUCGCCGAAUGAAACCUGGCCAUUGAAGCAUUUGGUAGGCCAAACAGACCAGCCUCCGGUAAGUCGAGCAGCAGAACCAACUGAAAUACGUCCGAACGAUAUGGAACUCCCAGGUAAGCGUCAAGCCUUCAAUCAUUCUAUUGAAAAUACGAUCAAAUUCGUUCCUGAUCAUUGCCCCACGACCAAUAAUCGAAUUACCCGAGAGCAGCUGCGAUUCGUCGCGCGCCCAAAUGAAAUGUGUUCGCCUCCCAAUAACUUUCGAGAGCAGCUGCGAAAUUUCCCCGCGCACUUGAACGAUUUCGAACUUCCUGGUAUUCAGCGCAAGUCUCAGUCAACUGGGUUGAAAACGAGUAAUCACCCCCCACGUGCGAUUGAUACGUCUCGGUCCCCUCGUCUGUCAGAAAGCUACCAGCAAAGUCAAGAUAUUCCUCAACAAGAUCCAGUUCGACUUACGCAGCAGCAGUUAGCAGCAAGGCAGUCCCUGGCCAAGGAUCUUCCUCGAUUCAGCGGCGACCCAGCGGAAUGGCCGAUCUUCAUCUCCAACUAUCGCUACACGACCGAAGCUUGCGGAUUCUCCGACGGCGAAAACAUGCUCCGCCUCCAGCGGUGCUUAGUAGGAUCCGCGCUCGAAACGGUGCGUAGUCGGUUGGUGCUGCCAGCAGCGGUGCCGCGGGUAAUUGAAACACUUCGUUUGCGGUUCGGACGCCCGGAGUUGCUGAUCAACGCUCUGCUACGCAAGGUACGUGAAAUUCCAGCUCCCAAGUCGGACAAGCUGGAGGGGCUUAUUGAUUUUGGUAUGGCAGUACAGGCUUUGUGUGACCACAUUGAAGCUGCGAACGAACGCGCUCAUCUUUCGAACCCAUCCCUGCUUCAGGAGCUCGUUGCGAAACUUCCCGCCGAUCAACGGAUGAUGUGGGCCGGCUACAAACGAGGAUUUCAACAAGUCGAUCUGAAAACUUUCGGCGACUAUAUGGCGUCAGUAGUACGGGAUGCAAUCAGUGUGGUAGACUUCGAGUCAGACGUAAAACAGAACAGUCCUGCUAAAAACAAAGGAUUCAUCAACUCACAUGAAACGGAAACAUAUACCUACACUGAAGAGUCGAUACGUGAGAAACCUAAGCAGUACGCCCCAGAGAUUCAAGAAGCUGAAAACCAUACUCAUCGUCAGUUGGCCUCCUCGACAUUGUUUCGAAUUAUUCCAGUGACUCUGCACGGAAGGAACGGUUCAAUCGAUACUUUUGCUUUCCUCGACGAAGGUUCCGAUUUGACUUUGAUAGAAAGCGAUUUGGCAACUUCACUGGGUGUGCAAGGAACUCCUCAACCGCUACGACUACGCUGGACUGGAAACACAACACGCGUGGAGAAGGACUCGCAUCAAAUUACUGUCGAUAUUGCUGGGAUUGGUCAAAGUAAAUUGCAUAAGUUGCUGAACGCUAGAACAGUCAGUAGCCUCGGUCUUCCCCGUCAAAGCUUCGCCAUGGAAGAAGCUGAAAAGAAGCACAAACACCUUCAGGGCAUUCCGAUCACCAGCUACCGAAAUGCAGUUCCGAAGAUCCUUAUUGGAGUGGAUAACUUGCGACGGGCAUUACCGCUCGAAGUUCGUGAGGGCAUUGCGACAUCACCGGUGGCUGUCAAAACAAGAUUGGGUUGGUGCGUCUACGGUCCCGGAGAAAGCAACAAACAAGAAUCAUACAAUUUCCAUAUCCGUGAAUGCGUUGCCGACGAACGUUACGGACCAACGAAGAAGUUCAACGAAAUCGAAGCAGUUUAUACAAUACCGGUGGCAAUCCCUUCAACAUCAGAAGAAGAUCAAGUGGCAAAGACAAUUGAAUUGACAAGCAAACCGUCUGGCGAUUCUCAGACGAACGAUGCUAUAUGGAAACGGUGGACAGAUGUCUACUUCAAGGGAAUGCUUGGCAGCGAGGAGUGGCAGAGACUGGUCGUGGAGGCGCAAAUGGGAGUACACUCAAGGCCUCUGACGUGUUUACCGUUAAUAGCGGAGCAGCCAAAGGUACUUGAACUGAACCAUGAUGAAGAAAGCGUAGCCGCAGUUCAGUUGCAGUUUAGAAAAUUGGUUGGGCGAGCAAACCUUGGAAGACCUUGGAAGCCUUUUCAGCGACAGUCAGGCGAAAACAGGAAGUCAACGAGCCGUGACGGAAGAAAUCCGGGACGAAACAACCGCAAGAUUUCCAAUCCGGACAAUCAACGUCAGCAGAAGGACACUAUACAAGGAGAAAAGGCCUUUCCGGCGUCAUGGUUAACACUGCUGGACCUACAAGGAGUGAGUGAAGUUCCGGAGAACUCCGGACUACACCCGGGGGAGACUGUUGCCGCAGAAGUAGUCCAGCUGGCAGCCCUGUUACCCAGCGUUACUGAAGCGCCGCGUCCAACAGGCGAAGCGUCGCGGCAAGACAAGUGACAGGUGUCAAAGCGAAGUGGAUGACCUGUCAAAGGUGUUUCCGGCUACCGCAGUCACAGUAUGUAUUUCAUUAUCAAACACGAAGCGAAGUCAGAGGUGAAACCGUUCACCAGUGAAGAAAUUAAGAGAUAGUGUUAAAGUUGUCAACUUGCCGAAAGUUUAUUAUUUGAGUAUAGUUAAACCUAAUCGAGCCUUAGUGAGACAACUAAGUGUGUCUAGUGAGAGAGUGAAUUGUACAACGUGGGUUGGUAUCAACCAAAGAGAGACGACUAGCAGCAUAGAGCGUAGUUGAGUUUGCGUCCACGUCCGUAGUCUGAGAUUCACCCAAGUUCGCCGACAGUGUACCUGGAAGAGAAGCGUAAGAAAAGAUUAUAAAGUGACCAAACAUAUUAACCGAUAUUAGAACUCCCAUCAGGUCUCACAUUGUCACCAGUAAGAAUCUUUUCGUAGGAAGCACGGGCAAGAAGGCCUACCGAAUUGUAAGACCUGACUGAUUUAUAACAUAAAAUGUGUACUUACCGAUGAAAUUAUUUGCAGUUGAAGCACCACAAUAUAAGAUUGCUGUCAAACCCGGUUCGCCCUUUAUUUGCUCAAUACCUCCC